AUGUCUGGGCAAAGAUCGGAAUGGAAUGGAUUCAUCGCUUGCAAUGCAAACAGAUCCUGGAUGGGUCAAAAACCCACGGGCUGCAAGCUCUGUGUUGAAGCGAUGCUCCGAUCUAUCCCAAGCUUUGCAAGUGCUUCAAUGCCUACAGCACAACCGCUUGGCAAAUGCAGUGCACUUGAGCGCCGCCAUGUCAUCCAUGUUAUGGCACGAUGCGGUUCACCUUCUUCAAGCUGCCGAGCGGAUGGAUCUGCGAACGGAUCAGAUCAACUACGGGGGAGCCAUCAACCGAUGUGCCAAAGGUCAUAGUGCAGACCAAGUCGCAGCAGAGGCAAGUUCACCAUGGCUAGUGGCCUUGGGACUUUUGGGACACAUGUUGCAGAAGUCUCUCCAAAGCAACACGAUUUUGAUGAAUGCCAUGGUCACUGCAGUUGCUUCCAGUUGGUCAUUGGCUUCUCACAUAUUUUCUAUGAUGCAAGAGCUGAGUAUUCCUUACAGCCAAGUAAGUUUUGGCGCCGUGUUCUCGGAGAAUUGGGCAAGGUCAUUGAAUUUGCUUCAGAAGAUGUCAGGCCUACAACUACAGUUGGAUUUGAUUUCCAGAAGUGCGUUGAUGAAGUUCACGUCCUGGCAGCAAUCCGUGAAAAUCAAUGAAGACACACGUGCAAGUGGUAUCCGUCCCAAUGCACAAUUCUUGAGCAUCAGCAUCACUGCAGCUAUGGGUGAGGGCUAUGAUGACAAUCGAUGGUCAAAAUCCCUGGAGCUGUUUGCCAGUGGAAGCUCACAGAUGUUACCAGAUUCGGGGAACUACAACAGCCUUCUUUUUGCAUCUUCUGAAUGGCGCAUCUCUUCAGGUCUUCUAUUGAAGAUGAGACUUGCUGGCUUGGAGCAUACUCCACUGGGCUGCAAGAACUAUUUGCAAACCCUUCGGAAUUCCCAAAGUUCCCAAAGAUCUCAGCUAUGGCAGGUGGCAGUGGCAACCACCAUGCUCUCAAUGAACAACGCCAACCUUCAAGGAGACCUCGAUGCCGAGCUGCUCCUGGCUGAUCUUUCACCGUGGCCGAGCUGCUUGUGCUGGUUGCGGAUGCGUGGCCUUGACCAUGCAGAUUUUCCAGCGGUGUGCAAAAGUCUGAGCCAGACACGGAACUUGGAGAGCUCAGGGAGCUCGGAGUAUUGGCGCCAUGCCCUGUCCAUCCUGCUGCCUGACGCUGAUCCACCAGGGGCAAUGGGGUACCAGGCAGCCAUCGCAGCAUGUCGUCACUCGCAGCACUCGCAGCUUGCAGAAGGACUUCUGCAGAGGAUGCAGAUGGAGAAAUUGGAGCCCAGCAGCAUCAGCUUCAGCACAGUCCUUGGCGCCAUGGCCAUGGAUAGUGAGCAAUGGGAAGAGACACUGGAGCUGUUUGAGCGCAUGAAGAAUCUGAACAUUCCCCAAACUGAAAGCAGCUACAUUUCCACUUUGAAGGCCUGCAACUGGCAAGAUGGUCUUAUGAUUUGGCAACAGCAACAGUUUGCACAUCCACUGACUGCAAAAUUCUGUAGCAAUGUGGAGGUGCAAACCUUAGUCCAGCGAUUUCGGCAUGUCGCAUCUUGCCGCCUUGCCUCGGUCGUCAAACGUUGGUUUCAGGCAAUGGAAAAUUUGGACCCCGCCAGUGUUGAGACGCAGCAGACUGUCGUCUCAGAGAUUUUCAGGUCAGCUGGAGAUGAGAAGUCCUUGACUCUUGGCUUGCUGUUGAAGGCCUAUGAUGUCGUCAUUGCAAAGCACGGCAUCAACGCCACCGAUCUCGUUGGGAUCCAAAUCUACCGCUCCCUGCUGCACUGGGGUCGCGAUCGCGACCGCCCCGUGGCCGCCACGGCUGUGCGGCAGCCGUUGGCGCCUUUGGAUCCGGAGCCGUUGUGGGAUCCCAGGCCAAGUCAAGGGCCUGUUCAAUGGAUGAGACCGAUGGUGAAAGCCGUCCUUCCAGAGCCAGUGGUGCAACUUGAGGCAUCUUUGAUGACUUUCCAGCGCCAGCCGCGGCCAGAGACUAUCAAGACUCUGAGGAAGGUGAUGGAUGCCUGGAUACGACAGGUGCACGAGACCCGUGAAAUGUUGCUACAAGAAAGGCACCAAAUGAAGCGAUGGAGAUGCCAGAGAUCUAUGGACUCUUGGAAGGCGGUCAUCGCCCGACGUCGAAUGUUGAAAGAGCAGCAACUGGAGGUUUUGAGUCAGAGAGAGCAGCAGACGAAGGCUGACACCUUUCAACACUGGAAGCACAGGAGACCUCAAGCGCCAGAAGCACCGGCGGCGCCGACGCCGGAGUUGGAUGUUUUAUUGGCCUCGGUGGCAUUUUGGAAACGCUGCUGUAGGAGGGCCAUGGAUGCCUGGCUAUUGGUGGUGCAAUGGGAAGCUCUUGCCACAAGGCUGCAGAGAAAUUCCAGUUUUCAGCUCCUGUCAGCUGUGUUCCAGGUUUGGGUGGAGCAGUGGCAUGAAGACCGAAAGGAAGCCGCCUUGCUCCAGCGUGCCACGGUGUUUCGGCGAAAGCAGGGACAACUUCUUGGUCUACAAUCCCUGCGCUGGAAUGUCAUCCUGGCACACCGAACCAGAGCAUUCCUAGAGGCUCAGUCUCAACUGGAAGAAGGUCUUCGAAUGAGACAACGCCGUGCUUUGGAGGUUUGCUGGUCCGCCAUGUCUAGAUACGUGGAACAGAGGAGACUCAUGAAGCUGUACAGAAACUGGGCUGACGUGCACUGGCUUCGAACACGACUGGGCGCUGCAUGGCAGGUGUGGUUCGCGUGGCAUCAAAAGCGAGGAAAAGUGGUUGCCAUGCGAAGCAGUGCUCAGAUAUUGGCAUCGUGGCACUGGCUUCGCGUGCACGCGGCAGCACAUCCAGAAAGGUUUGUAGCACGUUCUUCAGCGCGCGUGCCGCAUGCACCAUGGUGGCACGUAGCUGCUGCGGACCUGCUUUUCAGCCAAGCUCCCUUCGAGAUCCAUCCCCACCACAUGAAGGUCGUAAGGGAAGAGAUCCUCGCAACCUUUGCGGGCGAGCUGCUGAAGAAGAUGAUGCAAGCCUGGAUCAAACAGGCACGAGAUAUGCAGGAGGUCUUCCGACAAGCAAAGCUGAGAACGACCAGGAGGUGUGUGGAUGCUUGGAAAGGAGCGGCUACCAGAUGUCGACGCUUGAGAAAACUACAGCUGCAAGUCUCCCAUCAGAGGAGCCAGCAGAUGACAUCACAAGCUUUGCAGCACUGGGCAAACAGGUGGUCCAAUUUGGUUCAGCACCAGCAGAACUUGCGCGAGUUCGAUGUUGCAUGCUGGCAUCGAAGUUGCAGAAGGGCUAUGGAUGCCUGGCUAUUGGCCGUGCGAUGGGAAGCCUUCGUCACAGGAAAAAGGACUGCCACCAGCCUUGGGCUCCAGGAGACCAUCUUCCAGGCCUGGGUCGUGCAGUGGCGAUGCGAUCGCAAGGCUGCCGCUGUUCAGCGUCUCUCAGCACUCUUCCCUCGCAAGAGAGGUUUAAGGAAAGGAAUUGCAGCAUUGCGGCGGAAUGUGAAGUUUCACAGCCGCGAGUCUGCGCUUCGCAAGGUGGACGAGAGCACACAGCAGGCUCGUCGAAGAUUAUUGGAGGCCUGCUGGGCAGCCAUGUUACGGAACCUGGAAAAAUGCCAGCUGAUGAUUUUGUACCUGAGCUGGGCAGAUGCCAACCGGAUUCGCACACGCCUAACCAAUGCUUUCCACGCAUGGCUUGCAUGGCGAAAGUCUCGAAAGAUCGUGGCCAUGAGCAACGACUCACAGAUUCUGGCGUCAUGGCAUUGGAUACGAAGAACACUGGACCCACCCAGGUGUGGUUUCCAUCCUCGUUUUACCCACUUCGAAGACGCCUUCGCACGCACAGCUGCAGAGUUGCUGUUCGGUUCCAUUCCAUUUGAAGCUCAUCCGCAUCGCAAGGCCGUAAGGGAAGAGAUCCUCGCAACCUUUGCGGGCGCGCUGCUGAAGAAGAUGAUGCAAGCCUGGAUCAAACAGGCACGAGAUAUGCAGGAGGUCUUCCGACAAGCAAAGCUGAGAACGACCAGGAGGUGUGUGGAUGCUUGGAAAGGAGCGGCAACCAGAUGUCGACGCUUGAGAAAACUACAGCUGCAAGUCUCGCAUCAGAGGAGCCAGCAGAUGACAUCACAAGCUUUGCAGCACUGGGCACACAGGUGGUCCAAUUUGGUUCAGCACCAGCAGAACUUGCGCGAGUUUGAUGUUGCGUGCUGGCAUCGAAGUUGCAGAAGGGCUAUGGAUGCCUGGUUACUGGCGAGACAAUGGGAAGUUAGGGUCGCCCAGCAGCUCAAAUCCUCCAAGCUGCAGCUGCAACGUCAGAUCUUCGAGGCUUGGAAGACGACAUGGAAGGCCGAACGCAAGGAAGCACUGCUUCUUCUACAGUCCGACCGCUUGCAGCGACAACUCAGAUUGCGGCGCAGCUUUCGAGUAUUGCUAUGGCAUGCUGAGCACCGGCAAGGACAAAUGGGCUGGAUCAAGCGAUGGUGGAUCCUUGCCCACCUCUCCCGAAGAUCUCGGGAAGUUGAAGCACUUCAGCAGAAAGCAGAGAACUUCGCCAACCACAAAAACAGGCAAUUGAUCCUGGCGUUGCUGUCCACUUGGCACAUCUUUGCAGGUGCUCGUCGGGCCGCCUGCCGUGCUGGCCAAAGUGUCCGAAAGCGACAUCAACAGGUGCUACUGUUGAAAUGGCGCAACAGCUUUGAGGCGCGCGAAGCAGCUCGUGUAGCAAAAUGCCAGCAGGCAGUGAACCACUCAUUGGUCCUCCGUUCCUUUGCCGGUUGGGCCAUGUGGUACCGGAGGAAUCUGUCCAUUCGACAAUUUGCUUCGAAGGUGUUUUCUCGCCUCAGGAGGAAUGCUUUGACACUAUCAAUCCAUGCCUGGGCAAAGGUAGCGCGUGAGCUGGCGGCCAGAGAGACUCGCUACUUGCUACAGGUCAAUGAUUUUCAGCGGAAGCACAAGCGGCAGGCACAUCUGCUUCUGAUCCAAGCCUGGCAUAGAGAAGCCAAAGCUUCAGCUGAUGCAACACGUACUGCUCGACUGCGGAAGGUCUUCGCAUGCUGGCGACUUGCAUCACAAGAGCAACGCCUUCUUCAAAAGUAUUUGCAAGAAUGUGCAACAAUCAGCUUUCAGGGCUCGCAGAGCCCUAAAGAAGUUUCGGUUGGGCCCGCUGAUUUGGAACGCAUCUACCGAGAGAUGGCAGACUAUCGCUGGAAUGUUGAUGCGUGGGAUUUGUCCGACUGAGAAAUGUGCCAAUGAGCCAAGAAGAUUCAACAAAUGCUUAGGAUGUCCGGUAUGGGGCUGUAGGGGGUGGAGGAAGUGAAAAUUGCUUCCUGCUUGGGUUGCCUCUUCAGUAUGUGCUGACUGAUCCUUAUUUUUGAUAUUUUUCAUGUGGGUUUCUGCUUUGUGAC